CCUCCUCUUCAGACAAGAACCCUAUAUAUUUUCCUGUACUUUCCGUUUCCUCAACGCUUCAGACAAAAAAGUACUCGUGUUCACCUCGUGCCAGCCACCAAUUCCCCAAAAGAUUUUAGCGAAGAUGACGAAGAGCUACCCAACGGUGACCGAAGAUUACCAGAACGCUAUUGAGAAGUGUAAGAGGAAGCUUAGAGGCUUGAUCGCUGAGAAGAACUGUGCACCUAUCAUGGUCCGUCUCGCAUGGCACUCUGCUGGAACAUUUGAUUGUGCGUCAAGGACUGGUGGUCCUUUUGGAACGAUGAGGUUUGAUGCUGAGCAAGGUCAUGGAGCUAACAGUGGGAUCCACAUUGCUCUUAGGUUGUUGGAGCCUAUCAGAGAGCAGUUCCCUACCAUCUCCUUUGCUGAUUUCCAUCAGCUUGCUGGUGUUGUGGCUGUUGAGGUUACUGGUGGUCCUGAGAUUCCUUUCCACCCUGGAAGAGAGGACAAGCCUCAGCCACCACCAGAGGGACGUCUCCCUGAUGCUACAAAGGGAUGUGACCACUUGAGACAGGUGUUUACAAAGCAGAUGGGUUUAUCUGACAAGGACAUUGUCGCUUUAUCUGGCGCCCACACUCUGGGAAGAUGCCACAAGGAUAGGUCUGGAUUCGAAGGUGCAUGGACUUCAAACCCUCUUAUUUUCGACAACUCUUACUUCAAGGAGCUCUUGAGCGGUGAGAAGGAAGGUCUUCUUCAGCUUGUCUCUGACAAGGCUUUGUUGGAUGAUCCUGUGUUCCGUCCUCUUGUUGAGAAAUACGCAGAUGAUGAAGAAGCGUUUUUCGCUGAUUACGCUGAGGCACACUUGAAGCUUUCUGAGCUCGGGUUUGCUGAUGCUUAAGCUGUGACAUGUGUGUCGUGGGAGAGUUUGCAUUGCAUUUGAACUUUUGUCAUUUGUUUGCUUAAUGUACUCGUGGUUUUGUGUUCUUUUAGGCGGUGUUGUGAUUUUGACGCACAUCUGUUGCGCUUUUGCUGGUUAAAACAUUCUAAUAAACCAAUUUCUCUCAUAAA